GUGAGCGACGGCUGGCCCUUAGGCUCUCAGGGUGAGAGGGGCCGGCCUGAGCGUUGCGGAGGCCGACUGUUAGACUGGGGCUUGUGUUUGUGGCAAGGAGCUUGAGCCGCACAAAACAGUGAACUCGUGAGUUACAGCCCGUCCGUUCUGUAAUGUCACAAAUGGAGCUGGCGUUGGACCCUGGUGACCAGGACUUGUUGGGUUUCCUGCUAGAGGAAAGCGGACUUUUGGGGGGUGCGCCCGCUGAGGCCCAGGAGGCUCCGCUGGACUGGGAGCUGCCGCCCUCCGAGGAACUGAGCGACUGGGAGGUACAGGAUUUGCUGAACUUGUUGAGUCCCCCACCAUCACUGGAUGUUGUUGACUCUAACGUCUGUCCUGUCCACCACGAUCACACCUACACUCUCCCACAGGAACAUGUCUCCAUAGAUUUAGUUAGUGGGAGCUGUGGCGAGGAGAGGGCCCACAUGACUCCACCUCAUUUGGAAGAGCCAGCAGAGCAGGAGACUGCCAAGCUGUUGCUGACUGAGGAGGAGGAGAAGCUAUUGGAGAAGGAGGGGCUUGCUCUGUCUGGAACACUUCCUCUUACUAAGAUGGAGGAACAAAUUCUGAAACGAGUGCGGAGAAAGAUUCGAAACAAGAAGUCUGCUCAAGAGAGCCGAAGGAAGAAGAAGGUGUAUUUAGGGGGGUUAGAAAACAGGGUUUUGAAAUAUACAGCCCAGAACCUGGAGCUACAGAAUAAAGUGCAGCUUCUGGAGGAAGAGAAUCUGUCCCUCCUCGAUCAGCUGAGGAAACUCCAGGCCAUGUUAGUUGAGGUAUCAAACAAAACCACCAGCAGCAGCACUUGUAUUUUGGUCCUAUUCUUCUCUUUCUGCCUCCUCUUUGUACCUGCUAUGUACUCCUCUGACACAAGGGGCAGCCUGCCAGCUGAGGAUGUUGUGUUGUCCCGCCAGCUUCGUUCCCUCCCCAUGGAGGACCCUCUCCAGCGAGAGCUGCCUGCUCUGAAGUCAGAGGUAUCAAAGGACAGCAUAAGUCAGUUGCUGGACAGUUCAGACCAUGUGCUCCGGGCCCCUGGCAACUGUUCCUGCCUGUUGUACCACAUACCUUCCCAGCAGUGCCCAUGCCUUGACCUCUUCUUAAAGCCCUGCUGCCCAGGUCCCAUGUUUCACCUGCAGGCAAAUCUCACAAGAAAGGAGAAAUGGCUCCCUAACCACAGCUCUUCAUCUGUCAUCUUGCAGGGGAGAUACUCAGGUUAGACAUGAGGCUAUAGGGUAUCUCAGUCAUAGCCUAAAUGCCCCUCCUACUGUGUCCAAACAGAAGGGAGUAGGACAGGGCUGGCCUUUAUACCCGUGCCAUUAGGAUGCCUGAGGGCUCAAACAUAUAUGUACUGGCUUUGUGGGUCUUUUCUGUGUACUCAUGUGUUUCUAAUGUCCCAUGAAUGGGUCUGAGGAAAUCAACUGACCUAUAUUUCAUACAGUGAGGGAAGGGGUAAGGAAAGAAAUAAAUAAGUGAUUUUAAUGCUUGCUUCA